CCACAACAACAACAUUCAACACAAAAUCUCUCUGUUUUCCGAUCUCUUUUUCCGGCAACUCACCGCCGUAAUCCGCCAUGGUGACGUCACCAAUCCUCUCAGAGCUCGGCACCGAGAUCCUCAUCCCGAUCUGCGCAGUUAUCGGAAUCAUCUUCUCUCUGUUCCAGUGGUACCUUGUGUCACAAGUUAAGUUAACGGUUGAGAAACCGGCUGCCGGAGACGGUAAGAACGGGUUCACUGAAGCGUUGAUUGAAGAAGAAGAAGGUGUUAAUGAUCAUGCGGUUGUUCAGAAAUGCGCUGAGAUUCAGAAUGCGAUUUCUGAAGGGGCAACCUCGUUCCUAUUCACCGAAUACCAAUAUGUCGGUAUUUUUAUGGUCAUUUUCGCCGUUCUGAUCUUUGUGUUCCUUGGGUCCGUUGAGGGAUUCAGCACUAGCAGCAAAAUAUGCACAUACGACGCCACCAGAAUGUGUAAACCCGCUCUAAUGACAGCUGUCUUCAGCACCGUGUCAUUCUUGCUAGGUGCCAUCACCUCAGUUGUCUCCGGCUUUCUUGGAAUGAAAAUCGCCACGUAUGCAAAUGCCAGAACUACCCUUGAGGCUAGAAAGGGUGUCAGUAAGGCGUUUAUUGUUGCAUUUAGAUCUGGAGCCGUUAUGGGUUUCCUCCUUGCUGCAAACGGGCUUCUUGUGUUGUAUAUUACCAUUAAUCUUUUUAAGAUUUAUUAUGGUGAUGAUUGGGAAGGCCUUUUUGAGUCCAUAACCGGUUAUGGGCUUGGUGGUUCUUCCAUGGCUCUUUUUGGUAGAGUUGGUGGCGGUAUUUAUACGAAAGCUGCGGAUGUUGGAGCCGAUCUUGUUGGCAAGGUCGAGAGAAAUAUCCCUGAAGAUGACCCCAGAAAUCCAGCGGUUAUUGCUGACAAUGUUGGUGACAAUGUUGGGGAUAUUGCUGGUAUGGGAUCUGAUCUGUUUGGGUCAUACGCUGAGUCAUCAUGUGCAGCUCUUGUUGUUGCUUCGAUUUCCUCUUUCGGCAACACUCAUGAUUUCACUUCAAUGAUGUACCCGCUAACUGUGAGCUCUGUGGGCAUCCUUGUAUGCUUAAUCACCACUUUGUUUGCUACUGAUUUCUUUGAAGUCAAAACCGUUGAGCAAAUUGAGCCUUCUUUGAAAAAUCAACUCAUUAUUUCAACUGUGUUGAUGACUAUCGGUAUCGCUAUCGUUAGUUGGAUCGCUCUUCCUUCUAGCUUCACUAUCUUCAAUUUUGGAGCCCAAAAAGUAGUUAAGAACUGGCAGUUGUUCUUGUGUGUUGGUGUCGGUUUGUGGGCAGGUCUUAUUAUCGGAUUCGUAACUGAGUACUACACUAGCAAUGCUUACAGCCCUGUGCAAGAUGUUGCUGAUUCAUGCCGUACCGGAGCUGCUACAAAUGUUAUCUUCGGUCUCGCUUUGGGAUACAAAUCGGUUAUUAUCCCGAUCUUUGCAAUUGCAAUCAGUAUUUUUGUUAGCUUUAGCUUUGCCGCCAUGUACGGUGUUGCUGUGGCGGCUCUUGGGAUGCUGAGCACCAUAGCCACCGGUUUGGCGAUUGAUGCGUACGGUCCCAUUAGUGACAAUGCUGGUGGCAUUGCUGAAAUGGCUGGCAUGAGCCACAGAAUUCGUGAGCGGACCGAUGCUCUUGAUGCCGCUGGAAACACCACUGCAGCUAUCGGCAAGGGUUUCGCUAUUGGUUCAGCAGCUCUUGUGUCGUUGGCUCUAUUCGGUGCGUUUGUGAGCCGUGCCGAAAUAACAACUGUAGAUGUAUUAACCCCAAAAGUUUUCAUUGGGUUGCUUGUGGGUGCCAUGCUUCCGUACUGGUUCUCGGCAAUGACAAUGAAAAGUGUCGGAAAAGCAGCACUUAAAAUGGUUGAAGAAGUCCGCAGGCAAUUCAACACCAUUCCGGGCCUCAUGGAGGGCACUGCUAAGCCUGAUUAUGCCACCUGUGUGAAAAUCUCCACCGACGCUUCGAUUAAAGAGAUGAUCCCGCCUGGCGCACUUGUCAUGCUGACACCACUCAUUGUUGGAAUUUUGUUCGGUGUUGAAACACUUUCCGGUGUUCUUGCAGGAUCACUUGUUUCUGGUGUCCAGAUUGCUAUCUCUGCUUCCAACACUGGUGGUGCUUGGGACAACGCUAAGAAAUAUAUCGAGGCUGGUGUUUCUGAACACGCGAAAUCGCUUGGACCAAAAGGGUCAGACCCACACAAGGCGGCUGUGAUCGGAGACACCGUUGGGGAUCCUUUAAAGGACACUUCCGGGCCAUCACUAAACAUCCUGAUCAAGCUCAUGGCUGUUGAAUCUUUGGUGUUUGCCCCUUUCUUUGCUACUCACGGAGGUCUUCUGUUCAAACUCUUCUAGAUCCGUUAUGAAGGUGAUGCCAGUUGUCGUUUCAUCUGUUUAGUCUGUAUCAUCAUUUCAUUUUCUUGCCUUUUUUUAAGCUUGUGGGAAUGUCUUAUUUUUGAUGUUUUGUUUUGUGCUUAGCAAUUUUUCCAUUGACGAUUUUGAUAUGAUAAUGAUGAUAAUUAGUUGAUAAUCUUAUUUGAUAA